AAAAAGAAGAAAAAAUGCCGCUGGCCACGCUAAUCGGGGCCCUGCUCGCCGCCGUCGUCUGGUGCGCCGCCUACCUCGCCGCCGCCAUCUCCUCCGCCUUCUGACCCGCCGCCGCGCGCUCCGGGGAACUCCUCCUCCUCCAGCCAAACUACCUCCCCCCGCUUCUCCCCUCUCUAAAACCCUAGUUCUUCUCGGUCGCUCCGCCGCCGCCAUGGGGUACGCGCAGCUCGUCAUCGGCCCCGCCGGGAGCGGCAAGUCGACCUAUUGCUCCAGUUUGUAUCAGCAUUGUGAGACUGUGGGUAGGACAAUUCAUAUGGUCAAUCUCGAUCCUGCUGCAGAGCACUUCAGCUACCCUGUUUCUACGGAUAUUAGGGAGCUCAUAUCAUUGGAUGAUGUCAUGGAGGAACUUGGGAUGGGACCAAAUGGCGGGCUUAUCUAUUGCAUGGAGCACCUUGAAGACAAUUUGGAUGAUUGGUUGGAUGAGCAACUGGAGGGUUAUUUGGAUGAUGACUAUCUUGUGUUUGAUUGCCCAGGCCAGAUUGAACUCUUCACUCAUGUCCCAGUUCUGCGUAACUUUGUUGAACAUUUGAAACGGAAAAAUUUCAACGUUUGUGCUGUGUACCUUCUUGAUUCACAGUUUGUUAGUGAUGUGACAAAAUACAUCAGUGGUUGCAUGGCUUCUCUUUCUGCCAUGAUUCAGCUUGAACUUCCUCAUAUCAACAUUCUUUCAAAGAUGGACCUGGUCUCCAACAAAAAAGAUGUGGAAGAGUAUCUGAAUCCAGAGGCGCAGGUUCUCUUGUCACAGCUGAACCGACAGAUGGCACCCAAUUUUGGCAAGCUAAACAAAUCAUUAGCUGAACUGGUUGAUGAUUACAGCAUGGUGAAUUUCAUCCCACUUGACUUAAGAAAAGAGAGCAGCAUUCAGUAUGUGCUGUCGCACAUCGACAACUGCAUCCAGUAUGGGGAAGACGCAGAUGUGAAGGUUAGGGACUUCGAUCCCGAGGAGGACUAAUCAUUUGAUCGCGUAGGAGCUAAAAAAAAUUACUAUCGCAGCAUUGGUACUACAUAGUACUACCUCCGUUCUAUUAUAAGUGCAGCAUGUUUUUCCGCGUUCAACUUUGACCAUCCGUCUUAUUUAAAAUUUUUUUGAAAAAAUUUAAAAACAUAAGUCACGAGUAAAGUACUAUUUAUGUUUUAUCAUCUCAUAACAACAAAAAUACUAAUUAUAAAAAAAUUUUAAAUAAGACGAACGAUCAAAAUUGGGCGCGGAUACUUAUGGUUGUACUUAUAAUGGGACGGAGAGAGUAUUCAAGUAUGCAGAAAACAUCGCAGGAUUACAAUGUUGUUUCCGUAUGAGUCCUAUCUGUUGAUCAACAAGACAGAAUGCUAUAAUCUGCAACCUCCUGUAAAUCAAGCCGUACGUUCUCUGUGUAAUCGGUUGACUGGUUGGCAUUAACAAGCUGCUGCUUGCCAGAAAAGAAAAACAUGACUUUUCUGAAUGAUUUGAAACA